AUGCACAAGGAAAUUGUAUGGGCCCUCAUUGCCACGGCCUUAGGUAUUUGUAGCGGCCAGAACUCUCAGGAUGAAAAUCUCUGCCUCGACACGCCCAAAUUUGGUCGAGGCCGGGAAGUUAUAAAAGGAUGGAGUUACAACUCGGAACUCGACAAGUGCUACGUAUUUGAUCAUGCGAAAAGGGAUGACUACAGCAACGAAAAUAUAUUCCUGAAUGAAUCUGCUUGCAACAAACGAUGCAGACCACAUGUUCCUGAAAAGUGCUACGCAAAACCACCACCGAGCAUGGGAACAUUAGAUCUUCCAGUUACAACUUAUGAUCCAAGCACCGGAAGGUGCCUGGAAAUUCGUGCGCCCAAGGAUCAAGGAGCAAAUGUGUUUAAUAAUAAAGCGUCCUGCAUAAAGCAGUGUCGAGAUGUGGAUCUACGGUUGUGCCUUAAACCCACGGAAAAAGACUGCGAGUAUAUUGACGGCUGGGGUUACCGAUACGAUUCUAAGGAUCAAACUUGCAAAAAAGCUACUGAUGGGUCUUGCGGUGGAUUUCAAUCUGCCGAAGACUGCUUCAGGCGCUGCGGAGUUCUGGUAGAUAACAAAUGCACGCUGCCAAUACAAACUACACCUACAUGUGAAAACCCCCAACAAAGAUACGGAUACAAUAACAAAACAAAACGAUGCGAGGAAUUUUUGGGCUGCGCUGAUGGAGGAAACAGUUUCAAAGAAGCUGAAACAUGCUGGAAGGACUGCGCGCCAGCAAUCAAUCGCUGCAAUAUGAAACCAGACACUGGGCGUAAUCCAAAUUUUGGAUUCUUUAAGCGGUAUUAUUAUGACAUUAAAACAAACUUAUGUAGCUCAGCGAGAAAAGUCUCAAGGAGUGUGCCUGGUAACACGAAUUUGUUUAAGACUGCUCUGCAGUGCGAAGAAAUCUGCAAACCGAAGUAUCAAGGGAAUCUUGGACAUUGACAAACUUGACGAUGAAAGAGAGCUGUUUUAAUUGAAGAGAAAUUCGG